AUGGACAAAACUACAUAUUUGAAAAUCUAUUUUCCAAAUGGUUCUUUUCAUGCGUUACGAUAUACACCGUUAACAACUAUUGCUGACUUAAUUCGAGUAGUUUUAAAGGGUCGUCUUUCACCUUAUGAAUUAUUUUAUGCCUCAUCAUUUGCUCUUCGUAUAAAAUAUGUUGGGACAGAACAGCAAAUAGUAUUCUCUUCAUUCAAUAAGAAUAAUGUUGUGAAUAAAUGGCUUCAUCCGAAUAUGACCAUGGAAAAAGUACAAAUAUUUUACGGACCUCCUGAUGAAUUAAAAUUUGAACUUCGACUUCGAUAUUUUCCAACAUCUAUCGAUGCAUUUUCUCAAGAUAAAGCGACAUUUGGCUUUUUCUACGAACAACUUCGUAUUGAUUAUAUGCGUUUAAAAUCUGAACAUGUAUCGAUCAAUGUAGCCAUUGAAUUAGGUUCACUAGAAAUACGCAAACUUUUUAAAGAUCUUAAUUCAACAGCACUGGAUAAAAAAGUUAAUAUGGAUUAUCUUGAAAAAGAACUUGGUUUAAGAACAUUUUUUCCACAAUCACUUAUUGAUUCACAUAAAACCCGGUUUCUACGUAAACAUAUUAAAGCAUGUUUAAAAAAAUACGAAGGCUUACCUGAAGAAGAAUGCGUUAAAAGAUUUUGUUUUCUACUCAAAGAUGUUUGGAAUUGGGAACAAGAAACGUAUACAUGUAAUCUUGGUGUUGAAUGGUCAGUACCAAUUACUUUGGUUCUUGGCCCAUCCGAUGGAAUUAGUUAUAGAACACAGAAUUCUACUGAGUUAACUAAAAUGACAACAUUUGAAAAUGUGUUAUCAAUAUCAACAACAAAAGUGAAUUCUGAUGAUCGUGGUAUUUUGAAACUCAUGAUUGCGGGUUCAUCUGAGACUUUAACACUUAACUUUCCAUCGUUUUCUGAAGCAAACGAUAUAGCGAUUCUUAUUGAUGCGUAUUGUAUGUUUAUCAAUAAAAGUACACAUUCAAUUUGGCGUUCAAUUGUCGAUGAGCAAAUUUCAAUCAGUACAAAAGGGUCAUCAGCAUCGCAUUGUUCAUCUUCGUACGGUUCCGAUUUUAUGCAUAAUCAUCACCGAACUAACGAUGGUGAUGAUGAUGAUGAUUCGAAUGGAGACUAUGCCGAUCUUUUAUCCUCGGAUUAUUACAUAGAUCGUAAACAAAUUCAAAUGAUUGACUUACUCGGUAAUGGUCAAUUCGGCGAAGUUUACAGAGGCAUACUUAAAACUAAUCAAAAAUUAGAAGUAAAUAUCGCAAUAAAAACAUGUAAAAUGCAAGAUGCAACAACAACAGAAACAUUUUUAGAUGAAGCAUACGUAAUGCAACAAUUUGAUCAUCCGCAUAUCAUUAAGUUAAUUGGAGUUUGUAUUGAACAACCUGUUUUACUUAUUAUGGAAUUAUCACGAUUAGGCGAGUUACGUUCGUAUUUAGUUGCUAAUCGAGCCGAUUUUGAUUUGAUUACAUUGAUAAUCUAUUGUGAACAAUUAGCUUCAGCCCUCGCUUAUCUUGAAUCGAAAAAGUUUGUUCAUCGUGAUAUUGCUGCGCGAAAUGUUCUUGUAUCAAAUCAUGAAUGCGUAAAAUUAGCUGAUUUUGGCCUGUCAAGACGAUUAACACUUGAAAAUUCCUAUUAUAAAGCGUCAAAAGGUAAAUUGCCAAUAAGAUGGAUGGCACCCGAAUCAAUUAAUUUUCGUCGUUUUACACACUUAUCUGAUGUAUGGAUGUUCGCUGUUUGCAUAUGGGAGAUUUUAACCAUGGGUAAAAAACCUUUUCAAAGUAUUCCAAAUGCAGAUGUGAUUGAUCAAAUUGAAAAAGGUAUUCGAUUACCAUUACCUAGUGUUUGUUGUCCGAAAUCUUUGUAUGAUUUAAUGAAUGACUGUUGGUCAUAUGAGCCAACGAGUCGACCAAACUUUAUUGAAAUCGAAGAAAGAUUAAAAUCAAUUUUAAAGGAUGAAAAAAUGAAUAUUCGCUUGAAAGUUGAAAAUAUUCCUUUAACAUCAUCAUUAUUGUCGUCGUCGGCGUCGUCGUCAGCGUCAGAAAUAACAACACUUGCAAAGCUAUUACCUACAAAUAAUAGUGUACCACCUAAACCAGUUUUACCUAGUAAAAAUGGGCUCGUCAGUAGCCAAUUACAACUAAACAAUAACCAAUUAAUGACAGAAAAAAGUCAAUCUAGUCAUCAUCCUCAAAAUUGUGUCAAUACGGAACAGAAAUUUUCAUCGACUUGUUCAAUAGACAAUAAAGAAUUUCAGGAUAAAAAUGCAGAAUUAUUAAAAUCCAAGGAUGGCAAAGCCGUAUCUUCAUCAUUAUUAAUUAAUUUUUUACAUUCUCAAACAAAAAAUAUUAUCAGUGCUGUACUUGUAUUAACAAGACAAAAUGAAAUUGAUUAUAAUAAUGGAACAAAUUUAAGAUAUUCUCGUCCACUAUCGCCAAUAAAUGGCAAACAGCAAAUGCAAUUAGUGAAAAAUAUUGCUAUUGCCGUCCGUGAUCUUUUGCAAACAAUUGAUCGUGCACCUGUUUUUAUUAAGGAAAUGUCUGAACAAAAUUAUAAUCAUUUUUCAAGUUUAGUUGUUUCACUAAUUGACACAGUUCGGCAACGAAAUUAUGAUAAAAUGGGUGAACAUGCGGUUGAUAUUGCGCGUACAGCAAAAGUACUUUUUGAUGAUAUUGCUAAAUUAGCCUAG